AAAGGAAAAUUAAAAAACGAAAUACCGAACUAUGACAGUUUAAUGUUUUGAAAGUUGAAUUUAUAAGAAAUUAAUAUUAAAUUACCCAAUCACAAGCAGUAAUUAGAAUUGGAUAUAUCGACAUAAUAAAAAGAAAACUUUUUAACAAAUUGCAUAAAUUCAUUCUAACUAGAAUAAGUUAUAAGUAGCUACUUAAAAAAUGGUUGUCUGCAAAUUUUUUCAGCAAGGAUAUUGUCGGUAUGGGCAAAGUUGCCGAUUUGAACAUAUUUAUGGCUCCAAAUAUUCAUAUCAUGCAAACCCGCCUCCACAACAACAGUCUCAGCAGAACGUGGUCACGGAUGAACAACUUCUUAACCAAGUGCAGUCAGACGUGUUGGCAGCCCUCAAGGGGGGCAUGUGGAUUCUAACUUGCUAUGCUCCAUUUAAGGAGAAGCCAAUCAUUCCUGGCUUACAUGACCUCUCACCGGAAGAAGCCAGGCUUUUCAUUUAUGAAGCAAAGGCUAGCAACAACAUUGACAAUGCUAUAUCCUACAUUAACAAUCAUCUGAAAGAAACAAGAGAUAAAUACGAGCAGUUAUUGAAGGCCACACCAACAGUUACAAAUCUGUUGCGAAGUCUGUACCAAGGAGAAACAAUAGCAUCCCCCUUCACAAGCAACCAAAAUACAGGAUUUGGUAAUCCUGCGACAUCUAUAUUCCGAAGUGCUGUACAAAACACACCAUUCCAAAAUGCAUCACCUUCUAUAUUCAACCAAGCACCUAAUACUAGCAUGUUUGCCUCGCAGACUGAAGCAAAAGACUUAUUUGCACAAGCAGCCAAUCAAAAUGUCUUCCAGCAAAGUCAAUCCAUGUUUCCAUCACAAGAUACGGCAAAAUCUAUUUUUGCACAAGCUACUCAGAAUAUAUUCAGUCCGAAUACACAAAGCAUAUUCAAUACUAACCAAGUGAGUAACCAGAGUGCUGGAAUUUUUGCCACUGCCAAUCAAAAUGUUUUUGGUAAGCUAGACAAUGCACAGCAAAAUUCAACAUUCCCGCAAGCUCCGGUUAAUGUUUUUCAAAAGUCAGAGAAUCCACCGUCCAAUGUAUUCAGUCAAAAUGUGUUUAGUACGAAUGAAAGUGGUGUGUAUAGUAAAAUGGAGGAGUUGAGCGCACAGGAUCUUGAAGCUUUUAACAGUCUGAGUUUUAAACUUGGUUUUAUACCUGAGAUAGCACCUCCACGUGAGUUGUGCAAUUAGUUUACUAAAGUUAUUAGAUUUUAAAUAUUUAACUGUUGUGAUAUAAGACUGAUAUGUACAUUUGUCAGGUUUGUUGAUUUUUUUUAAUAUAUUAUAAAAUAGUA